UCCGAGGAGCAUUCUGGCUCACCGGUUAAUACAGAACUUGUUUCUUCCGACCGACGAGGUCAUGGCGAUGCGUCAACCAAGCAUGCAAUCUGAGGAUGAACCUCCACCAUCCAAGAUCUUUCCCAUCGAGCUGUUUGCUUGUUGCCCAUCAGCGAUUAAAGUCUUGAUUCCUGGAACCUGGAUGAAGAUACAGGACUGCACACACUUGAUUCUCGUGGUGGGCACUUUGGCCUGCAUUGUGGAGAUGGUGCGGACCAUUGCCAAGCUGAUCAGUGCAAAAUGUUUGGAAUAUGGAUGCGUUAAAGAGCUGCUUUCCAUCGUCUUCAUCGCCCCCUGUGUCUUCUACAUCCUGACCAUCAUCAACCAAUACGACGAUCGCUUGCAAGCGAAGCAACGCGCCGCCAAGAUGGAGAAGGAAAACUUGGCUCGGUCCUACAACGACCUCCUCUCCGACAUGGACGGCCUCCUCUCAAAGUCCGCCGAGUCCUCAGCGGGCCUUGCUGAGAGGACCUUCGAGUCCAAGAGACGCGAUUUCCAGCGAUUCCUGGAGAGGGUCAAGGAGCGAUACAAGGUCUAUGCAGGCACAAAGGAUGGGGAGCAGCUCCUGCGACAGUUCAAACGUUUCUGUUCCAACUGGCUCCAUGUCUUCCAGGAGUGCUCCAUCGAUCCAAUCAACUACCCCAAGAAGGUCAUUGCGCAGAAGGACCUGGAGGACUGCACCAGCAUUUCCGAGGUCGCAGAUCUGUGCUUGGAUCGGUUGAAGAAGACCGAGGUUAGGUUCAUCAGCACGCAGCGUGAUCAGGACGCACAACUGUUGAGGAAAAACAAGAACGAAUACCGCAGAAUGACCCAAACAGAACGUGCCAGCAGGUUGUUGGAGUUGCCAGCACCUUCAGUCUCAUCCCAGAGUUUGCCACAGGGGGGUCGCAAGCGGCGCCUUUCUUGGCUUCAGUUCGGUGGGCCUCGCCAGUUCUACAUCAGAAGCACACCAACCAAGGAUGCGUACCCAAAGGAGAUCCGCUGCGGUUGCGGCUCCAUGAUCAUCCUCUCCUUUGAACACGCCAAACUCUUGAUUGGAGUAUUUGCUGGUUUGUGUCUCAUGGCGUACGACAUCUUCGUUUUAGCCACAUCCAAAAAGCAGAGGCCAGAUAUGUUGAGCAAAUUCUGGGAGAUCACGGACCUUCUGGCUGCUGAGGUGUGUCUCAUUGUGAUGCUCUCCCGCUUCGAAGAGUUGGACAUCAUUCAGCAGUUGGAACGAGAAGUGAAGGAGCUGACACGGCAAAACGAACAAGUGGAGAAGCAGCGGGAAAAGAUGAAUGAGUUCUGGAGUAACGCCCAGCAGCUGACGGAACUCUGGCUGUAUCGCACCGUGCCGCGUUUGGAUUUGUACAAGGAAGUCCACAACCAGCUAGAAGACUCUGGCAAAGAGGAUCUGCUGAACCACAUGGCGGGUGCAAAUCAGCAGCUGGAGGAUCUGGAAAGACACCUGGGCGAGCUGAAGGAUUGGAAGCAAGACGGUCAGAUCUCGCCCGAAACGAAGAAGCAGGUGGGCAAGGCCAUCAACGAAAUCUCCAAGGAGAACGAGCUGGACAAGAUGCUCGAGAAAUUGGAAGAUGCUGUCUCCUCCAAGAUGAAGGCCCUGGGAAAUUGAGCGCCGGCGCUCUUCAGCUAAACCAGGCGACCCGGCUUCGAAAGGAUGG